CCGGAAGUAACAUAUAUUUCUAUUCUGUCUGUCUCUAACGCUACGGUAUGUGAGACUUGUACGGGAAGAGGAGAGCAGACUAGACGUGAGUGCUCGACCAUAAGACCGGUGUUGUCAGGUGGCACAGAUCCAUUGAAGAGCGACACCGUCCACAGAAGCAGGGCUGUUCCGCUGGAUUUGUAAACGUUUCUUUAGCGGCGACCGUUCACUUGAUCCGAGGCAGGAUGUCUGGACAGAGCAUUACCGACCGAAUCACCGCCGCUCAGCACAGUGUUACCGGCUCGGCGAUAACCAAAACGGUGUGCAAGUCAACCACACAUGAAAUAAUGGGGCCGAAAAAGAAACAUUUGGAUUACUUGAUACAGUGCACAAAUGAGAUGAAUGUGAACAUCCCUCAGCUGGCCGACACACUGUUUGAGAGGGCCAUCAACACCAGCUGGGUGGUUGUGUUCAAGUCCCUCACCGCCACACACCAUCUGAUGGUCUAUGGCAAUGAGAGAUUUAUACAGUAUCUGGCCUCAAGAAACACACUAUUCAACCUCAGUAAUUUUUUGGACAAAAGUGGCCUCCAAGGCUAUGACAUGUCGACGUUCAUAAGGAGGUAUAGCCGCUACCUGAAUGAGAAGGCUGUGUCCUACAGACAAGUCGCCUUUGACUUCACUAAAGUGAAAAGAGGGUCUGAUGGAGUGAUGAGAACCAUGAACACGGAGAAACUCCUCAAGACCAUCCCCAUCAUCCAAAAUCAGAUGGACGUGUUACUCGAUUUCAAUGUCAAUGCCAAUGAACUGACAAAUGGCGUGAUCAACGCAGCCUUCAUGCUUCUGUUCAAAGAUGCGAUCCGACUGUUUGCAGCGUACAAUGAGGGCAUAAUCAACCUCCUGGAGAAAUACUUUGACAUGAAGAAAGUGCAGUGCAAAGAAGGACUCGACAUCUACAAGAAAUUCCUUACACGAAUGACUCGAAUCUCAGAGUUCCUCAAAGUUGCAGAGCAAGUCGGAAUUGAUCGAGGGGACAUCCCAGAUCUGUCACAGGCCCCCAGUAGCCUGCUUGAUGCCCUGGAGCAGCACUUGGCCUCUUUAGAGGGAAAGAAAGUCAAAGACUCAACAGCAGCCAGCAGGGCCAGCACCCUCUCCAAUGCGGUCUCCUCCCUGGCCAACACUGGCAUAUCUUUCACCAGAGUGGAUGAGAGGGAGAAACUGGCAGCCUUGGAGGAAGAGCAGAGUCGCCUGAGAGCACUAAAGGAGCAGCGUCUUUUAGAGCUCCAGAAGAAUCCUUCCGCAGCAACCACAGACUCCACCCCUAUCUCCACGGUGGGCGGGACCAUCCACUCUGCCCCUGCCAUUGACCUCUUCUCUACCCCCAGCUCCACCAACAGCACCUCCAAGGCAGCCAAUGAGCUGCUGGACCUGCAGCCGGCUUUCCAGCAGUCGCUGACUCCGUCCGCCACCAACACAUGGGGAGGGUUUCCAGCCUCCCCAACGCCACAGCAGCCCCAGAACUCUCAAGGCCUUAACGUCGACUUUGACUCAGUAUUCGGCAACAACAUCAACGCUAACAACCAGGAUGCUACAGAUGUUUUAGGUGGCCUCCUCAAACCCACAGUGACAUGUUCACCCAGUCAGGAUAUGGGCAUGACCCUGAACGGCCAACAGGCCCACAAACUGGUGUCCAACGACCUGGACUCAUCACUAGCCAACCUUGUCGGCAAUCUGGGAAUUGGCAACGGCACAGCAAAGAAUGAUCUUCACUGGAGUCAGCCUGGUGAGAAGAAGCUGACGGGUGGAAACAACUGGCAACCCAAGACUGCUCCUUCUACCACCUGGAACCCUGCAGCCAUGGCACCAUCUGUUAUGGCCUUCCCUGCAACCACACCGACAGGCACCAUGGCAUAUGCAAUGCCUCCCCACGUAGGCUCCAUGAUGAUGACGACACAGCCCACUAUGAUGUACACCCAGCCAGUGAUGAGGCCAGCCAACCCCUUUGGUGCCAGUCCAGGUGCACAGAUGCACUUUAUGUAAUGUGAAGGGGAGGGGGUCUUCCCCCCGUCUGAAGAUGAUUCACGAAGAAGAGAACUAUCCAAGCAAACCUGCCGUUUGCUUCUUCUGAACUCCCCUCUCUGGGAAUAAAAGGCCCAAAUAAGACUUGUUGACUAAAACCACGGUGACUAGGAGUGCUCUGACCAUCUCAGACGGGCAUCACAGUGGACAUUGAGCACAUCACGUCGAAGUCAUAGGAGACGACUGUGCUGCCAUUCAGACCCAUGUGGAAAGGGAUCAACCCCUACUUCAUCCUGGACUAAGAAACACGACACCCAUAGGGAGAGCUCUGACGUCACGGUUUAUGUACCUGGAGAAAAAAAAAAUUGUAUUGUUGUCACACAUACACAUUGUUUGAGUCUUUUGAUUAUCAUAAUACCUUCUGAAAGCAUCCCCAAAUUGGGAAAGUAAUUGCAAACUUCUCUUUAUACCACACUUUUGUAUGUAUUGUUUGCAGUAGACAUUCCGUGUGUAUUGUUUGUAUUUAUUUAUGAUUACCUAUAGAGAAGAUGACAAAAUAAAUAAAGUAAAUGCAUCUAGUCACUGAUCUCCUUGUGGACGGUCUUCAGGUUUAUACAUAGGUAUGAUUGAUUGUAGAAUUGGAUUUUGAGUGAUUGAGAUUUUUUUUUCAAAAAGAAUGUAAUAUAAAGAAGAUAAAGAGAUGACAUGUUUUGCUGUUGGCACUAAAUAUUCUCUGUACUCUUAUGAUGCCUUGUACAGUUAUCUGUGGCUCUAAGGGUCACUGAGGAUAGGAAUGAACGUAAUCGUUCAUUAACAGUCAAAUCGGUCAGGAUGAUUUCUUAAAAUUUGGCAAGGAAACAUUUUUCACAUCAGCAACAUCACUAAAUGCUGUGAUGGCGGCAGCAUUACAUUGGAAAGAAAUCUGCAUUUAUGCUUUUGACGCUUUUGGCAUGCCAUAUAUUCUGACAUUUAACAAAGCUCCCGGAUGCCUGGUUCCAGCCUGAAUGUGCAGGGUCCCUUUCAUUCUCAGAUCAUGUUUCCAUAGGCGAGCACUGGGGCAUUCAGGACUGUGAGGGCACCAUGAGGCACGGGUGUAAGUUCGGGUCUGACUGGUAACAGAGGGGGGUUCUAGUUGUUCAGGAGAAUAGAGCACUGUUGAUCGGUGCUAUGUGUAUAUAAAACUUUCCCUGCCAAUCAUAGGAUCCGGUGCAGGUAUGAAAUAUGGUCUGAACAUUAAAGUGGCCCUGAAUCAUUCACUGAGCAUUUGCUGCAUUGUUCCUGCAGAUUUAUAUUUUGGUUGGUUUGAUUUUUUUUUUUUUUUU